AGGCAGCUGCCAGCGCCCGGGCUCCACCGCGCCUUCCACCUGCUCAAUCCACCCUUCUCUUGCUUGGGAUCUGCAGCCUCAGCUCCACUCCAAAUGGACCCCAACUGCUCCUGCACCCCUGGUGGCUCCUGCAGCUGUGCUGGCUCCUGCAAAUGCAAAAAGUGCAAAUGCACGUCCUGCAAGAAGAGCUGCUGCUCCUGCUGCCCCGCAGGCUGUGCCAAGUGUGCCCAGGGCUGCAUCUGCAAAGGGGCAUCGGACAAGUGCAGCUGCUGUGCCUGAUGUCAGGCAAUGCCUGCUCCCAGAUGUAAAUAGAAAGAUGUAUA